CUCUGUUGACACUUCCGGGUGGGACGAGAGCGAAGCCUUGGACUGAUUCGUCUGCUGGGGCGCAGGCAUGGCGUACCUCGGCCUUACUGUGCCUUUGAUCGUGAUGAGCGUGUUCUGGGGCUUCGUGGGCCUCCUCGUGCCCUGGUUUAUCCCCAAGGGUCCUAACCGGGGAGUUAUUAUCACCAUGUUGGUGACCUGUUCAGUUUGCUGCUAUCUCUUUUGGCUGAUUGCAAUUCUGGCGCAGCUCAAUCCUCUGUUUGGACCACAGCUGAAAAAUGAAACCAUCUGGUAUCUGAAGUACCACUGGCCUUGAGGAUGAAGGUCACAGACAGAAGCCUUCUAUACAGAAUCACCUGCACACCAGACCUCCUUCCUCCAUAGCCUACUUCCGGCGUUACCUGCCUUACACUUGAAGACCUUCCUCUGCAUACAGUAUUUUUUUUCCUUCACCUUUUUUACACUUUGAAUUAUGUGCCUACGUAGCUGACUCUGAGCUGUGUCUGCACUCCGCUGUUGUGGGAAAUGUGUUACUCUUGUCUUGAAGCCUGUGGCUUUGAAUAUGGCUCUUGCCAGCUCACAACAUGAGAGUCAGCGAUGUGUUUAAGAAUUGCUGCGAGACAAAUAAGACUCGUCGGUGUUUAAGAAUUGCUGCGAGACAAAUAAGACUCGUCGGGACAGUCAGGAGUGCCUGCUCAAGGGAAGCUCUACCCCAGCAGAUGUACACGAAGCUCUAUUUUCAGGAUGAAUUUCUUACUUCUACAUCUUUGGGAAUAAAUUAUUUUUCUUCUUACUAUGGAAA